UGAUCACCCACCGCCCUAAAAAUAAUCCGCUCGGCGCCCGGCGCGCUUCGGCUGGGGGAAGGAAAGCGCUGGCUUCGGGGAGUUCUGCGUCCGGCUUUGAAAUUUAUACUUAAAGACAGAGUAGGAAGCUGGUGUUUUGAAGGUAAAGCAAGUGCACCAGUGGGGGUUUGAAGCAACGUCAAGCCAUUGCCCAAGAGUGAACUAUAUCAGAAGAAAUGAGCCUUUCAUUCUGCGGUAACAACAUUUCUUCCUAUAAUAUCUAUGAUGGUGUGUUACAAAAUCCCUGCUUUGUGGAUGCCCUCAACCUGGUUCCUCAUGUCUUCCUGCUGUUCAUCACUUUCCCAAUAUUGUUCAUUGGGUGGGGGAGUCAAAGCUCGAAGGUACAAAUUCAUCACAACACAUGGCUUCAUUUUCCUGGACACAACCUGAGAUGGAUCCUUACAUUUGCCCUCCUGUUUGUGCAUGUUUGUGAAAUAGCGGAAGGCAUUGUUUCAGAUUCACGGCGGGAGUCGAGGCAUCUCCACCUCUUCAUGCCUGCGGUGAUGGGAUUUGUUGCUACCACCACAUCCAUAGUAUAUUAUCAUAACAUUGAAACAUCAAAUUUUCCUAAGUUACUUUUAGCCUUAUUCCUGUAUUGGGUAAUGGCCUUUAUCACAAAAACCAUAAAGCUGGUCAAAUAUUGGCAGUCUGGUUGGGGAAUAUCAGACCUGCGUUUCUGCAUCACAGGCAUAAUGGUCAUUUUGAAUGGACUCUUAAUGGCUGUGGAGAUCAAUGUCAUUCGGGUCAGAAGAUAUGUGUUCUUCGUGAAUCCGCAGAAAGUAAAGCCCCCUGAAGACCUCCAGGAUCUGGGUGUGAGGUUUCUCCAACCAUUCGUGAAUUUACUGUCCAAAGCAACCUAUUGGUGGAUGAAUACACUCAUCAUAUCCGCUCAUAAAAAGCCUAUUGAUCUGAAAGCAAUUGGAAAAUUACCAAUAGCAAUGAGAGCAGUAACAAACUACGUCUGUUUGAAAGAUGCGUAUGAAGAACAAAAGAAAAAAGUGGCAGAUGACCCAAAUCGGACUCCAUCUAUAUGGCUGGCAAUGUACAGAGCUUUUGGGCGACCAAUUCUACUUAGCAGCACGUUUCGUUAUCUUGCUGACUUAUUGGGUUUUGCCGGACCUCUCUGUAUUUCUGGAAUAGUUCAGCGUGUAAAUGAAACCCAGAAUGAAACAAAUAAUCCAACAGGAGCUUCAGAAAUCCUCUCAUCAAAGGAAUUUCUUGAAAAUGCUUAUGUUCUAGCAGUUCUUCUGUUCUUGGCUCUUAUUCUGCAAAGGACAUUUUUGCAGGCUUCCUACUAUGUGACCAUUGAGACUGGCAUUAACCUCCGUGGAGCCUUGCUGGCCAUGAUAUAUAAUAAAAUCCUUCGGCUUUCUACAUCUAAUUUAUCCAUGGGUGAGAUGACCCUGGGUCAGAUCAACAACUUGGUCGCCAUUGAAACCAAUCAGCUCAUGUGGUUCUUGUUCCUGUGUCCCAAUCUAUGGGCCAUGCCUGUUCAGAUCAUCAUGGGAGUGAUUCUGCUCUACAACUUGCUUGGGUCCAGCGCUCUGGUUGGUGCCGCUGUCAUUGUGCUCCUCGCGCCAAUUCAAUACUUCAUCGCUACAAAGUUGGCAGAAGCUCAGAAGAGCACUCUUGAUUAUUCCACUGAGAGACUGAAGAAAACAAAUGAAAUACUGAAAGGCAUCAAACUUCUAAAGCUAUACGCCUGGGAGCACAUCUUUUGCAAGAGUGUGGAAGAGACAAGAAUGAAAGAACUCUCCAGUCUCAAAACCUUUGCUCUUUAUACAUCACUCUCCAUCUUCAUGAACGCGGCAAUUCCCAUAGCAGCUGUUCUUGCUACGUUUGUGACCCACGCAUAUGCCAGCGGGAACAACCUCAAACCUGCAGAAGCCUUUGCUUCGCUGUCUCUUUUCCACAUCCUGGUCACCCCUCUCUUCCUGCUCUCCACCGUGGUCAGGUUUGCAGUCAAAGCCAUCAUCAGUGUUCAAAAGCUGAAUGAAUUUCUCUUGAGUGAUGAGAUUGGUGAGGACAGCUGGCGAACUGGAGAAGGUUCUCUUCCGUUUGAAUCCUGUAAGAAGCACACUGGAGUCCAGCCAAAAACUAUAAACAGGAAGCAGCCUGGAAGAUAUCACCUGGACAACUACGAACAAUCAACACGACGUCUGCGUCCCAUGGAGACUGAGGAUAUCGCAAUAAAG